UCUCCUUAGUAAGGAAAGAAGAUGACUUCUGCCAAGAAACUGCCAUCAAGUCCGAACACUGAGCAAAACCAAUCUCCUCAUCUGCCUCUCUGCGCAAAUCCUGGCAAUCCGGUGUUUUCCUGUAUGCUGGACCCCAAAACACUCGGGACCAACGGUUCUUUGACAAAGCCUCAGGUUUUACUGUUUAGAACAACUUCAAGUGAAUACGGUGCUAUAACCCCUAUCUCACAGAUGGUACCCCGUACUUACCACCCAGUGGAUCAAACCUUUUCAAAACACUUACUCACUCGUGGGUCAUUUCAAGAUAGUUAUUUAAACACUGCCAUUGACAGAAGUAGGGUAUAUGACUACCCCAAUUUACAGCAUACUCUGUAA